AUGGCCCAGGAGCACAAAAUUCCCAUGGACCCAAUGGGUGGGAGUCCAACAAGACUCAAGCCAGCGGAGGGUAGCGGGACCCACAAACACAAGGCAGGUGACCGUGAAGACACAACCGGGAGGCGAGUCACGGCCACACAGGACCGAGGCCUCCUCACCCAUGGACGAUCCUGUCGUGGCCGCCCCCAAGCAGGCCCUGCGCCUCAUGACGCUGAAGACGGAGAGGGUGGUGAGGGUGCCUGGCUCUCGGAGGGGCAGCUGUGGCCCUGUGCCCGCCCUCACCACCUGUCUGGGGCCAAAGGGAAGAACAGAAAACCCGCUCAGCAGCGCCCUCGCCUGCCGGCAGCAGUUCCUCACGACGGCUGUGGGAAUGGCAUGUGUUUAAAUCUGCAUCUCCAACCCGGGAAAACCAGCGAUCCCCAGCUUGCUUGGCCCGCAGCCCGUUACAGACCCCUCCCAGGCCGCCAUGAGGCCUGCAAGGGCUCCCUGGGUGGGUCCCUGUCAGGUCUGGUGGCUGUUGUCAUGACGAUGAAGAUGGCGGUUCCCACUGGCCUCCCACUGAGCUCCUCCCAGGAGGGAAACAGCUCCCCUCUUCUGGUCCUUCAUGGCCCAUCCCCUGCUCCAGUCAGCACUGCCAUGGAAACCAGGAGAUGCUGCAGUGAGCGGGCAGAGCCCUCCUUGCCCAGGCAGCUGCAAAGCGUCCCGCCGGCCCGCCCCUCCCCCACAGGCCCAAGACCAGCUCCCGUCUGUCCUGGGUCCUCCGGCUUCCUCUUGGCCAGCAGCCUGGCUAAGGGGCCAGCCCAGGAACCCACCCUGUCCGUGCCGGUGCCGCUCCGAAGUGUGGACCGAGGGCUGCCCGCUCCAGCCCCUCCUGGCCACCCACCUGCUGCCUAG